CACAAACGGCCCCGAAGGCCCCGCCCCCUUCCCGUCGUCCUUUGCAGCUGAGCAUGCGCAGCGCGGCCCGCCUGGCUCGUACCUACCGUCAGCGGGUUAAGAACCAUGACCCUGGAUAGGAAGGGAAGCGCAAGAAGGGAGGGGGAGAGGUUUUAUGCCUUUAAGGUUCCGGUUGUUGAAGUCAUCUCGAGCAGCCAGCCAAGUUGAGGUCCCUAAAGGAUAGUGCAGCCUCGGAGUGACUCAGAGGUCAUGCAGGGCGGUUACCUUCCCGGAUUUGACAUUGCUCUACCAAUUACUAGUUGUUUGUAGGACAAGAUUAUGCGGGAUGAGACACUGGAGGAUGGAAUGGGAUGGAGAAAAACAAACUGAGUAGAAAAAUAUUUUAGGGGAAGAAUCACCAUGGAUACAUGUGGGAGAUGAAAGAGUUAAGCAUGAUGAUCAGAAAGCCUGGUUGGAUGGUCAUGUCAACCUAAAACAACAGCAGAGAGAGCGACUUUCAAAAUGAGAGUCCAGGUAUUCAUUACCAAGAAGAAAUCUAUUAGUUUUAAACUGGGGAACUCCUGUACCUAAAAAAAUUAGAAUGAAAGAGCCUUUGGAUGGUCGAUGUGACAAAGCAAUAUCACCACAACAGAGGCUUCUGGACAAAAUUAAAGAAGAACCAGAUGAUGCUCAAGAAUAUGGACAGGCCCAACCACCAAAAACUCAAGAAAGUGAAUUGAAAAUUAGUGCUGUAUUUUCAGUUAGUGACAGUCAUCUUGCCCAACAGUUGACCCCAGGCUUUCAGCUUGCACCAUCUGGCCCAAAUAUAUUGGUUCCUUCAGUUCCAAGCCCAACUGCUCAGGUUUUUUGUUCUGGUUGUAAAAAAAUGCUUUAUAAGGGACAAACUGCAUAUCAUAAGACAGGCUCUACUCAGCUCUUCUGUUCCACACGAUGUAUUAGCAGAUACUCUUUACCUGUCUGCCUACCACCUCCUCCGAAGAAAACCUGCACAAACUGCUCAAAAGACAUUUUAAAUCCAAAGGAUGUGAUCACAACCCAGUUUGAAAGUUCCUCUCCUAGCAAAGAUUUCUGCAGCCAAUCAUGCUUGUCUUCCUAUGAACUAAAGAAAAAACCUGUUGUUACUAUAUACACCAGUGGCAUUUCUACUAAGUGUAGUAUGUGUCAGAAAAAUGCUGAUAUUCGAUUUGAAGUUAAAUAUCAAAAUGUGGUACAUGGUCUUUGCAGUGAUGCUUGUUUUUCAAAAUUUCACACUACCAACAACCUCACCAUGAACUGCUGUGAGAACUGUGGGAGCUAUUGCUAUAGCAGCUCUGGACCUUGCCAGUCUCAGAAGGUUUUUAGUUCAACAAGUGUCACAGCAUAUAAGCAGAAUUCAGCCCAGACUCCUCCCUAUGCCUUGGGGAAAUCAUUGAGGCCCUCAGCUGAAAUGAUUGAAACUACGAAUGACUCAGGAAAAACAGAGCUCUUCUGCUCUAUUAAUUGCUUAUCUGCCUACAGAGUUAAGACUGUGACUUCUUCAGGUCUCCAGGUUUUAUGUCACAGUUGUAAAACCUCAGCAAACCCUCAGUAUCACUUAGCUAUGUCAAAUGGAACUAUAUACAGUUUCUGCAGCUCCAACUGUGUGAUGGCCUUCCAGAAUGUAUUUAAUAAGCCAAAGGGAGCAAACUCCUUGGUGGCAACCCCAUCUCAGGGCCAGGUGGUUGUGAGUGUGCCCUCAGGGUCAACAGUGUCAACUGGAGGAUGUGACCCGGCUUCUGUCACCAUCCAAAACCCUUUCAGUAGCCCAGUCAGUGGCCCUGCUGCAGCUGCGCUCCAGACUCUUGCUGAACAAUCCCAGCAGAUUGCUUUAACCAAUACAUUCAUGAAACUCAAGUGUCAGCACUGUAACCAUCUAUUUGCCACAAAACCAGAGCUGCUUUUCUACAAGGGUACGAUGUUUCUAUUUUGUGCCAAGACUUGCUGUGAUGAAUACAAAAGGAAAAAUAAAGUUGUGGCAAUGUGUGACUACUGUAAACUCCAGAAAAUCAUAAAGGAGACUGUGAGAUUCUCAGGGGUUGACAAACCAUUCUGUAGUGAAGUUUGCAAGUUCCUCUCUGUUCGAGACUUUGGAGAACGAUGGGGGAACUACUGUAAGAUGUGCAGUUAUUGUUCACAGAUAUCUCCAAAUUUGGUAGAAAAUCGAUUAGAGGGCAAAUUAGAAGAGUUUUGUUGUGAAGAUUGCAUGUCAAAAUUUACAGUUCUGUUUUAUCAGAUGGCCAAGUGUGAUGGUUGUAAACGACAGGGUAAGCUAAGUGAGUCUAUAAAAUGGCGAGGCAACAUCAAACAUUUCUGUAACCUGUUUUGUGUCUUGAAGUUUUGCCAUCAACAAAGUAUGAAUGAAUCUCUUCCACAAAAUAAAGUAAGUAUUCCUAAGGCACAAACUGCUUUGAUGGAGCUCCCUUCUGCAAGGACAGCUACAAUACCAGUUAUAACCAGUGUGAUGUCAUUGGCAAAAAUACCUCCUGCUCAGCCCACAGGAAAGACUAACAGUGUUUUGAAAGGUGCAGUUCCUAAAGAGACAACAAAGAUCAUUGAAAAUGGACGUUUACAGGCAGAUGCCAUGAAACUUCUGUCUUCCCAGUCUCCUCAGCCUCCCAAGCUCCUAAAGAACAAAGGUGUAUUGUGCAAGCCAGUCACACAGACCAAGGCCACCUCUUGCAAACCACAUAUACAACACAUGGAAUGUCAGACAGAUUUACCUAUGCCUAAUGAGAAAACUGAGGCAGAACUUGAUUCUCCACCUGUAAAGAAAAAAAGAAUAAGUUUUUUCCAGACUUGUGAUGCUGAAUAUUUAAAAGUUGGUUUUAUCGUCUGUCCUGAAUCAAAAGGGAGUUCACCAAGGCCACAGUGUGUCAUUUGUGGAGAGAUCUUACCCAGUGAAAGCAUGAAGCCAGCAAAUCUUUCUCAUCAUUUGAAGACAAAACAUUCAGAAUUAGAAAACAAGCCUGUAGAUUUUUUUGAACAAAAAUGUCUUGAAAUGGAAUGUCAAAACAGUUCUUUUAAAAAGUGUUUACUAGUUGAAAAGUCAGUUGUGAAAGCUUCUUAUCUAAUUGCUUUCAAAAUUGCUGCCAGCAAGAAGCCUUUCUCUGUUGCUGAAGAAUUAAUAAAACCAUAUUUAGUAGAAAUGUGUUCAGAAGUUUUGGGUUCAAGUGCUGGAGACAAAAUGAAAACCAUUCCUCUUUCUAAUAAUACAAUUGGAUACAGAAUUGAUGAGCUUUCUGCAGACAUUGAAGAUCAGCUGAUUCAGAAAGUUCAAGAGUCUAAGUGGUUUGCCCUUCAGAUAGAUGAGUCAUCCGAACUCUCAGAUACCACCCUUCUUUUGUGCUAUAUUCGGUUCAUUGAUUAUGAUUGUAGUGAUAUAAAAGAAGAAUUACUAUUUUGCAUGGAAGUGCAUUCUCAAAUCACUGAUUUUGAAAUAUUUGAACUAAUAAAUAAGUACAUUGAUAGUAAAUCUCUGAACUGGCGACAUUGUGUUGGUCUCUGUACUGAUGGGACUUCAAACAUGACUGGUUUAAGGUUGAAAAUUCAGGAAGUUGCUAUGAACAAAAUGGCAUUUACACAUUGUUUUAUUCACCGUGAACAUUUAGCAGGUAAAAAGGUGUCUCCAUGCUUAUAUGAAAUUCUUUUGCAGUCAGCACAAAUUUUAAGUUUUAUAAAAAGCAAUGCAUUAAAUUCACGAAUGCUAACAAUUUUGUGUGAAGAGAUAGGAUCUGAGCACGUGAAUUUACCCCUUCAUGCUGAAGUACGUUGGAUAUCAAGAGGGAGAGUUUUAACAAGAUUGUUUGAAUUGCGACAUGAAAUUGAAAUAUUUUUAAACCAAAAGCAUUCAGAUUUGGCCAAGUAUUUUCAUGACAAGGAAUGGGUUGCAAAGCUGGCCUAUUUAGCAGAUGUAUUUUCACUUAUAAAUGAAUUAAAUUCAAGUCUCCAAGGAUCCAUGACUACUUUCUUCAGUUUGUAUAACAAAAUUGAUAUAUUUAAGAAAAAGUUAAAAAUAUGGUUGAAGCGCACACAGGACAAUGAUUAUGACAUGUUCCCUUCAUUUUCUGAGUUCUCAAACUCCUCAGACGUAAAGCUGAGAAACAUCGCAAGCAUUAUUUUCCAGCACUUGGAAGGACUUUCUCAACUGUUCCAUGACUGUUACCCACCAGAAGACGACUUGCGUGUAGGAAAUUUGUGGAUAAUUAAUCCUUUCAUGAAUCAUCAAAAUAAUAAUCUCACCAACUUUGAAGAAGAAAAAUUAACACAAUUAUCAUCAGAUUUAGUAUUACAGUCAGUAUUUACAUCAAUGUCCAUAACUCAGUUUUGGAUAAAUGCAAAGACAAGUUACCCAGAACUACAUGAAAAGGCGGUGAAAUUUUUAUUGCCCUUUUCAACCAUUUACUUAUGUGAUGCUACCUUUUUGGCUUUGACUGAAUCAAAACAGAGAAACCUGUUGGUUUCUGGCCCUGCCCUACGACUUGCGGUCACAUCGUUCAUUCCAAGGAUAGAAAAGUUGGUGAAGGAGAAAGAAUAGUAACCUGCAUAUUGCUUAUCAUCAAAGUUUCUAGUUUUGUGUUAAAUUUUGUAUAAGUAUCCUAAAAUGUAAGUUCCUAAUGUGAAUUUGUGUUUGCAGUGAUUAAAUGUUUUAAUAAUUUUUCCAUUUUUGUGGAGGGAUUUGAUAAUUAUACAUUUGUACAUAAUUAUGUAUAAUUUUAAUAAUACAAGAUAGGGAAUUUAGCUUAUAUUGGUUGAUAAUCUUGGCCAAGAUUGCAGGUAAUGAAAGACCCCAUUUAUAAUGGAGCACAACCUGGAAGUUCAAACAGUUCCCAUGUAGAAAGGGCUUGGGAAGUUUCGGUCUAAAACCAAAACUACUGCGGGCAGGGUUGGGGCAGGUGGAAAACAU